UUUAGCGAAUAACUGUAACUUGUUUAUAAAAUAAAACAUGACAACCGGCGUCGAGGGAGAAACCGACGGAGGAGAAGCACAAGGUUCUGUCCAAAAACCGGAGCUACCACCAGAACUAAUGGAGAUCUUCAAGUCUCUCGCCGAAAAUAACAAAAUCAUUUUCAAGUCCCAGCAAAUAGAUGAUCCGGAACUGCCCAUCCUGGAGAAGCAACAAAUAGCUCGGGAAUCCUUUGAAAAGAAUCGCGAGAACUUCCUCAUUCGAUUCGGUGGUUACCUCAAUGUCAGGCAACUCACAUCCUUUGAAGAUUUGGGAAUUAGAGAGCCAAUUAAACCGGACGAGAAUGUGGAGGAGAUGUGUCUACUUUUGGAGGAUUUCAGGCGGAAACUGAGCACCCGUUCCGUGUCCAUCAAAAACAGAAGAUACCAGGCCAUGCAACAGCUUCUGGAAAAGGGAGAAUACUUCAGUGAGCAUGAAAUGAUGCUGCGGGCGCCAGAUCUCUACCAGGAAUUGGUCGGCCAGUACCUCACAGAGGCGGAGAAGAAGGCCAGGGACAGCUACGAUGUGAAGAACACGAGUUUCUCGGGGAUACUCAUGAACUCCUUGGAGAAGCAGCAAAGGGAUGAGCUGUUGGAGGGUUCGAAACAAGAGGAAAUUGAAGAGGAGUUACCAGAGGCCACCGCUCCCACGCCGUCUGCUGUGGACUUCGAAGUACCCGCCGCCUGUCAGAAGCAGUGGGGUGGUUUCGAUGACGAACCCAUUGCUUGUUCCACGAGUAAAAACUCCACAGCUGUAAAUGCCUCCAGAAUAGCAAAGAUCUCCACCCCCGAGUACUACAAUCCUGGCGAGAGAGCACUGCUGCGCAAUGAGUUCCUAAGCAUGAUGAAGGAACGGUUUCUCAGCGGCGAGGACAAGGACUUUGAUUACACAGCCGUGGACGACAAUGCCCAGCUGGAUGAUCUGAAGCAGAUCGAACAAGAUGAGGAGGAUGCCUACUUUGAGGACAGUGACGAUGAGGAGGAACUGGACGAGCGGGCAGAUGAAAAGGAGGAUGCAUCCAGCGAGGAUGAGCUGGACAUCUAUAUGAGGCACCUCAGCAAACAUCAUAGCCUCCAGAACUAGUUCUUAAUAGAAGACUAUUAUAAAUAGUAGUUUUAAUUAUUUUUUAAAUAGUUUAGAUAUCCGAGAAGUUGGAUAAUUAAAAUUUACGAUCCACCCG